AUCAAGCGAGCGAAAUUAUAAGUAAAUGGGAGUUAGAUGGGAGCUAACGUCUUAUUGAAGUUUAAAAACUCAAUUUUCAAAGUUUCAUUUUAGAGCAGAAUUUAACAAAGCAGAGACUAGCAAGCCGGCAGUUUACUCCAAUCCAACCCUGGCAUCUUCCGUCUACGCUUUGGCUGUCUUUUAUCUUUGUCACAUCACUGGAUUCAUAAACCCUAUCCCCAAUCUACUCAGAUCAGUAACACUCCGUUUGGAUCGCCAGAUUUGAUUCAACAUUGUAAGCAAUUGAACAAGAGAGAGAGAGAGAGAGAGAGAGAGCAUGAGUGAGUUAAUUUCCGGAGGCGAUCCAGCAGUAACCGAAUCCAAGAGUGGGUUUGAUGCUAGUCGAAUUGCGGAAGUAAAAGCGUGGCUUGCCUCUCAAUUCGAUGCGGCUGGAAAAGAUGUCCCUGAUUUUGAGUACACUCCACGAAGCAUUGCUCAUUUGCACAACCUUGCCACAAUUUCCCAGGCCAAAACUCAAGCUGCUGGAAUCGUCGCCAAUGAUUUCCGCCAAAAAGCCGCUGAAUAUCGCUCCCAAGCUGCAAGGAUUAGAGAGAUAUUGGAGAAUGUGGGAUUGGCACAUGACAGUUUGCCAGCAAAUGUGAUUUCAUCGGCACAAGUUCUGUCAAAUGUGGCAAAUUUGUUGAAUAUUAGAGAUACUGAACUAAGUAGUUUUCUUGUAGCAAUGGGGGAUAUUUCUUUGAGGAAGACGGGAGUAGAGGAGAAGAGGGCUAAAGUACAAAAUGAGUCCAAAAUUCUUCUCGAUUACACUCGAAAGGCAAUAGCCAGGCUGACUUAUUUAAAAAGGACACUUGCACAACUUGAAGAUGAUGUGGUUCCUUGUGAGUCUCAAAUGGAGAAUUGGAAGACAAACUUAGCAAUAAUGAUUUCGAAGGAGCGACAAUACCUGCAACAAUAUGCCAACUAUAAGGCAAUACUCAAUCGAGUGGGCUACACCCCAGAGAUUAGCCAUGGCGUGCUAGUUGAAAUGGCAGAGCACAGGAAGGAAUUGGAGAAGAAAACAAAGCCCAUCCUUGAUACUUUGAGAAGCUACCAAGACUUGCCACCCGAUAAAGCUUUGGCGGCAUUAGCAAUUGAGGACAAGAAAAGGCAGUAUGCUGCUGCUGAGAAGUACCUUGAAGAUGUAUUGCAGUCAGCUCUUUCCACUACAGAGUGAGACACCAAUAUUUUUGCUCUAAAAUAUUGUUUGUAUAUGCUCCUCCACUAUUUAGAACUUGUGACGGUGCAUCAUAGAACUGCUUUCUUUUUAUCAAUGGGAGUGGUGAUUUCCAUAAAUGCAGUGGUCGUUUCCUAACAGAAAUGCUAGCCAUAUCAAACUUUUAUUCAUUUGAUGGAAAUUUGGUUCUCGUUUUCUUUUA